CUUAUCAAAAUCCAAAAUUCCUCUUUUAAAACCUCUCCUCUUCUUCCUCUCUCGUCUUCCCUUCGAACCCCAGCUGUGAUUUUCUUAAACAAAAAUUAGUGGAGAGAUGGCGCCCAAUGAUCCGGAACAAAGCGGUGGUUUCUUUGCGUCCAUCGCUAGCAGCAUAUCUAAUUUUGGUAGCGCCAUGACUAAAUCGGUCAACGGUUUAUUGGGAUAUGAAGGGCUUGAAGUUGUUAAUCCGGAAGGUGGGACUGAAGAUGCCGAAGAAGAAGCAAGAAGGGGAAGAUGGAAACAGGAGGACAGGGACAGUUACUGGAAAAUGAUGCAAAAGUAUAUCGGGUCUGAUGUUACAUCAAUGGUGACACUUCCCGUACUUAUUUUUGAGCCAAUGUCAAUGUUGCAGAAAAUGGCUGAGUUGAUGGAGUAUUCAUACCUGUUAGAUCUAGCUGAUGAAUGCGAAGAUCCUCACAUGCGAUUAGUGUACACUACUUCAUGGGCUAUAUCUGUCUAUUAUGCCUUUCAACGUACCUGGAAGCCAUUUAAUCCCAUACUCGGUGAGACUUAUGAAAUGGUUAAUCACGGUGGCAUUACUUUUCUAGCUGAACAGAUUAGUCAUCAUCCCCCAAUGAGUGCUGGUCAUGCUGAAAAUGAGCAUUUUAUUUAUGAUAUUUCGUCUAAAGUGAGAACCAAGCUUCUGGGAAAUUCAAUUGAUAUCUAUCCUCUUGGAAGAACCCGUGUGACCCUCAAAAGAGAUGGUACAGUUUUUGAUUUGGUGCCUCCUCCCACAAAAGUGAACAACUUAAUUUUUGGACGAACUUGGGUUGACUCACCAGGGGAGAUGAUCAUGACAAACCUGACAACAGGCGACAAAGCUGUGCUAUAUUUUCAACCAUGUGGUUGGUUUGGAGCUGGUCGUUACGAAAUUGAUGGAUAUGUAUAUAACUCUGCUGAGGAGCCAAAGAUUUUGAUGACCGGGAAAUGGAAUGAGUCAAUUAGUUAUCAACCUUGUGAUAGUGAAGGGGAACCACUUCCAGGCACUGAACUGAAGGAGUCAUGGAGACUUGCUGAUGUUCCGAAAAAAGAUAAAUUCCAGUACACAUAUUUUGCGCAUAAGAUUAACAGCUUUGAGACUGCUCCCAAGAAGCUAUUAGCAUCUGAUUCUCGUCUACGACCCGAUAGAUAUGCACUAGAGCAGGGUGACCUCUCUAAGGCUGGUUUUGAAAAGAGCAGUUUGGAGGAAAGACAACGAGCUGAAAAGAAAAACAGGGAGGAGAAGGGCCAUAAAUUUACACCCAAAUGGUUCGACUUCACCAACGAAGUCGCUGCUACACCUUGGGGUGACUUGGAAGUUUAUCAAUACAAUGGCAAGUAUGACGAAUACCGGGCUGCGAUAGAUAGCUCGAGUAGCAGUGAGGAGAUUGACGUUGAGUCCACUGAAUUCAACCCAUGGCAGUAUGAAGAUUUGGCUGCUAACUAAAACCUUACUUUUAUGCUUGCUUUUGGACUGUAUGAUACAUUUUUGCUAUGCUUUUUACACUGGUUUUGUAUUGUGGUUAGUGUCAAUUAUAGAACAAUUACAUAUAGUUAUUAAUUCAGCUCUGUUUUAUUUACAACUCCCAGAAA